CCUGAAAAUGUUUACUCUGUGGCUUUUACAGAACAACAAAAACAUGAGUGGCCCUGGAGUUAAUGUGUGACCAGGCCUUGGCUGGUCCUAACUCACACUCCUCCCCACCACCAUGGUCUGAGCAUCUGCCCGGGCUGCUCUGGAGCCUGCCACCCUCCGGCUUCAUCCCUGCCUGGCUGCCCCUCCAACCGUUCUUCUCUGUUCUCCCGUUCACCCCAGAGUGGAGACCAUGCUGGAGUAACAGAGAAUUAGAGGUGAAAAGAGGAGGGGGCGGCUCUUAGCCUGGCGCUCCGCGCCGUUAGUUUGAGAAGUGCCCCGCCCAUCCUGGGCACCCGCUACCGCCCUGGAGAUGGCAGAGCCUGCAGUCUGCUGCCGACUUCUCCGUGCUGUUCCACCUCAGGGAGGUGAACCACCCUCUCUGAACUCCGUGGAUUCGGUUACAGGAACAACGGGGAUGUGGGUAGAGAGUAAAGGCCAGGACUAGGGGGAAUCUUACCGGAUGAAGAGGUGAGGGAAAGUGAACGGGCGUGCACGAGAGCGCACUGGGCACCCACCCUCAACUGUCCCUCAAAUUCUAGGUCAAGGUUUCUGGCUACGACCUGGGCCCGGGUGAAGGACAGAGGAGGAUGGCAGAGACUCCCAAAGCGGACGCCCGGGAAGGCGCGGUGGAAGGGUGGGGACUGCGGCGCUCCCCACUCCCCGGGAGAUGGGGACACCUGGCCGGAGCCGAGCCUGUCGCGUGGCACCUGUCACUCCUGGCGUGCGGACUCCCCUCCACGGCCUGGAGGCUCUUGUCUGGCGCGCUGAGCCGUGCGCGACCCGGUGUCGCCUGCACGCGUGUCCGCGACCGCAAGCAUGCACGAGCGAGCGCGCGCCCGCGGGAGGCGGACUCGCCGCUGGGGAUGCAGGCGCGGACACCGGAGCAGCGGCAGCCUCGGUCUGCAGCCGAGGACCGGCCGGAGCGCGGGCUGGGGGGGGAGAGUCGGCGGGGGGCGGGCCGGGGGAGGGUCCGCGGGCGGGGCGGGCAGCUCCCCACGCGCCUCCCCACGCGCCUCCCCACGCGCCUCCCCGCCGGCCGUCGCCUCGCCGCACAGCGCCAUGGAUGAGUUCCACCCAUUCAUCGAGGCUCUGCUGCCGCAUGUGCGUGCCUUCGCCUACACCUGGUUCAACCUGCAGGCGCGCAAGCGCAAGUACUUCAAGAAGCACGAGAAGCGCAUGUCGAAGGACGAGGAGCGCGCGGUGAAGGAUGAACUGCUGGGUGAAAAGGCCGAGGUGAAGCAGAAGUGGGCGUCACGGCUGCUGGCCAAGCUGCGCAAGGACAUCCGGCCCGAGUGCCGCGAAGACUUCGUACUGGCUGUGACAGGCAAGAAGGCACCAGGCUGUGUGCUGUCCAACCCGGACCAGAAGGGCAAGAUGCGGCGCAUCGACUGCCUGCGCCAGGCUGACAAAGUAUGGCGCCUGGACCUGGUCAUGGUCAUCCUGUUCAAGGGUAUCCCACUGGAGAGCACGGACGGCGAGCGGCUGGUGAAGGCCGCUGCCUGCGCGCACCCCGUGCUGUGUGUGCAGCCGCACCAUAUUGGCGUGGCCGUCAAGGAGCUGGACCUGUACCUGGCCUACUUCGUGCGGGAGCGCGAUGCGGAGCAGAGCAGCAGUCCCCGGACAGGAGUGGGCUCAGACCAGGAGGACAGCAAGCCCAUUACACUGGACACGACAGACUUCCAGGAGAGCUUCGUCACAUCUGGCGUGUUCAGUGUCACGGAGCUGAUCCAGGUGUCUCGGACACCUGUGGUGACCGGAACCGGGCCCAACUUCUCCCUGGGAGAGCUGCAGGGCCACCUGGCAUACGACCUGAACCCAGCCAGCGCUGGCAUGAGAAGGACUCUACCCAGUACUUCCUCCAGUGGGAGCAAGCGGCACAAGUCGGGCUCGAUGGAGGAGGACGUGGACACGAGCCCUGGCGGAGACUACUACACAUCACCCAACUCGCCCACGAGUAGCAGCCGCAACUGGACGGAAGACAUGGAAGGAGGCAUCUCAUCCCCGGUGAAGAAGACAGAGAUGGACAAAUCUCCAUUCAACAGCCCAUCCCCCCAGGACUCCCCCCGGCUCUCCAGCUUCACACAGCACCACAGGCCCGUCAUCGCGGUACACAGCGGCAUCGCGCGGAGCCCCCACCCGUCCUCAGCCCUGCACUUCCCUGCCACGCCCAUCCUGCCGCAGACAGCCUCCACCUACUUCCCCCACACUGCCAUCCGGUACCCGCCACAUCUCAACCCCCAGGACCCACUCAAGGAUCUGGUGUCCCUGGCCUGCGACCCGGCCACCCAGCAGCCAGGACCGCCUGCUCUCCGCCCGGCACGUCCCCUGCAAACAGUCCCUUUGUGGGAUUAGGACGGAGGGAUCCUCUUGCGGGACAGUCCUGGUACCUGGGGUAGCGGAGGUUGCCUUCCCACACCUCCUUCAUCGCCGGUGGAGUCCCAGGGUGACAGUCCCAGCCUGCAUUUUUGGUGGAAAAUUAGACGAGUGAGAAGUCCCCUGCCAACUCCCAGCUCAAUGGCAAUGACAGGAGGAGAAAGGACAAAAGACAAACAAGAAACAAAACCCUUCCCAACCAAGAUGAAAACACAUGGGAGCUCUGGGUCUCUGUGGCACCUACUGCUGAUGGCCGACUGGCUGCCCGCAGCUCUUCUGCGCCCCGAAGACCCUGCCAUCACCCACAGACCAGGCCUGGGCAGAAUGGAUGGGGUGGGCCACCCAGCCAGGCCACCUCUCCCCAAACCCCUGCUGCCUGCCACCAACGCCAGCCUCGGGGACCUCUGGCUCUCCCCACCGACAGUGUUUGCCAAAGACAGGAGGCUGGAGGUGGAUGGACGGCACGGUGGGCACCGUCCACGGUGGGCAGAAGAGGCGCGUGGGAGCCGCCCAGCGCUGGCCCUGCUGGGGACAGACAUGCCACACAGGUACUUCGGGAUCCCCGGGAGGGUCCCGCGUCCAGCCUCCAUCCGGGCCCUCUGGCCCCUCUCUCCUUGCGGACCUCAUUUGGAAGGACACAUCUCUCUAUGCAAUUUGUCCCCACCCCACCCCGGCAUGAGAGGCCACACAGCUCCCGACCCUCCGGCCUCCUCUCGCACAUGGAAAGUAUCAGCACUUUGAGAAACAGAGGUGGGGGAACCGGGGGACCCCCCCACGCCGAGGCCCCUGGAGGCGGGAGGUGCCGCGAUCUAAGUGCCUAGCCCCUCCACCCACCCGCCGUCCACCUCGUCCAUUGGGGACACAGAGUGGCCAGGGCACCCCCACCCUCGUCUCUGUGUACCGUAGCUCAUCACCGCGCACCCUCCAAGCUAGAGAGAUGGGACCCCAGGGCGGUAGAGCUGGGUGUCCCGAAACCCAGGCUGGGGCUAUGCGCCGUCCCCUACACUUCUGCCAGUGCCUUACUUCCUGGAGACCCACCCUGGGGUACCCCACUGCAGGGGGAUACCCCCUUUGCACUUUGACCCUCCUGAUGAUGUGGGGCCCAGCACAGGGACCAAGAAGGCUGGUGGAAGUGCACUGGGACCCCAGGUGGGAGGGCUCUGGGGGUGAUGGGGUGACAGGGCGGACUGAUGGCCAGAGUCCCCCAUCUGCUAUGUGUGCUUCACUGACUAAAAACACUAAGACGGGGGGGGGGGCGGGGGGCGAGGACCAUACCCCAACCCCAGCUCUGCGGCACCCACCUGGGGCCCUAUCUUGGAUGGCCCACUCUGGGAGGGGAUGUUGGGUGUUUUAAGGUCACUGAACCUACAAAGGCCCCUCCUCCCCGGCCACCCAUCUUGGCCCCAUCAUACCUGGCACUGUCAUGUCCCCUCCCUGCGGAGGCCAUGGGCCAUCACCCCAGCAGAGCCCCCAGGGCCAGGCCCCACCCACCUGCCGCCCUCCCUGGGACACUUGUAAGUACAAAGCUCCCCAAGACUUCCCCAGCCUUUGAGGCCUCAAACCCCCACCAUCUGUCUGUCUGUCCUCAGGGACCCUCCAGAAGGGGGACCAUUGGGACACCACAGAGGCCACUGUUCAGAUGGGGCUCAGGCCAGUGGGUAGACCUGGCAAGUCCCCUCUGAUCCCCCCAAGUCAGCCAGCUGGGUCCCCCAGGGGUCAGGACAGAACCAACUAUUUACCUAACUGCAUGGUGCUUAAGGCCCCUCGACACCCAAGAGCCCCCUUCCUGCGCCGGGCUGCUGUGUGCAUGACAGAUCCGCCUACCCACCCACUUCCCUCACCGCCUCUACAAAAAAAGGAAAGAAAAAAAAAGGAUACACACACACACAAAACCCCCCCAUAUAUAUAUAUAUAUAUAUAUCCUUACCAAAAAAAAAAAAUCCAUUAUUUCCAAAUUUGCACGAACUUUUUACCACAACAUGUGCCUUGCUCUCCCGAGGACAAGUAUUAACUUUUAAUAAUAUCCGCGCACACAGACGCAUGCCCUGCACGCAUAGUUACAAACAGACAAGCGAUUACAUGAAAUAAAAAAUAAAAUUCAAAAGGGUGGUACUUCUAUUUGUAAAGAAAAGGAAAGCCAAACGAAAGCGAGAUUCUUUUUUUUUUUAAUAAAAGGAAGAAGGCUGGGCGUGGUGGCGCACGCCUGUGAUCCUAGCCCUUGGGAGGCUGAGGCAGGAGGAUUGCUGUGAGUUCCAGGUCAAGCCUGGGCUACAGAGCGAGACGUUGCCUCAAGAAAAGGGAAGGGGCGGGGACCAAAACAGAAACAAACAAGAAAAACACUAUUAAGGAAGUCACAAUUGGUCAGGCUUUGUGAUCCCUACCCGCAGCCCUGACCCCACCUCACCCACGGUGGGGAACUGGAGUCGCCCUGGUGCUUGUUCCCUGAGCCCCCCAACCCUCCGCCUCAGCCUCAGGGCCAGCCUGAGGCUGUCCCUCCCCAAAUCCCCUCCUCUGUCUUCCAGCCAACUCUCGAAGCUGAAUAUAUGCAAUAUCCGUCCGUCUGUCAGGGUGGAGCUCAGCUGUGGGGAGUCCCGGGGAGGGGGGGGGGGACACAGCUGGCCCGUCCCAAGUCUGUGAUAUCAGUUUUUCUUUUUUGGUUUUACUGUUUAUAGUUGCCUUUGGGUUUUUGUCCUUCUGUUUUUCUGUCUUCUGUUAAAUCUGCUCUUAAAGUUCACCAAAGCUAAGACAGUUUUGCCAGGGGUUUUAGCGGGACAGACAGAAGUCCAGGCUCCAAGCCAUCCCCUUGCCUCUUCCUGCCCCCACCCCCAUCCCCACCUCCGCCAGUCGCCCCACUCAGCCCUGAGUGUUGGUCGCUGGCAGAGAGGUCAUGGCAGGCUCAGCCCUGAUUGGGGAACCCGGGUGGGUGGGACCACCGCCCUGCCCACCUCACGUGCACUGUGUGUCACUUGUAGGCCUGGCUGACUUACAGCUUUCAGACCUUUAACGCGGGUAGUGGUGAGGACAGUGGACAGAGCAUGCCUGGCGGCGGGUUGGGAGGGGGCCACUCAGCGUCCCCCCCCCCCCCCAUUUCUCAGAAAAAUCUCCGGUUCCCACCCAGGGACUCCAUACUGGUCCGACAGAUUUUUGUUUUUGUUUUUUGAUUUUCCUGUGUAUGAAACCUAACAUUUUUCAAAACAUCCUCUCCUCAAGCUACCAUCCCUUACCCAGCCCCAAACCGGGCAUCGGCGCCUUGGUGAAACCCCACAGCCGGCUGCUUUGGGGUAUAGCCUGCGACUGUGUUUCCCAGGUGAGGACCAGCACAUGUCUGAGGUCCUGAGCCCAGAAAUCUUGGAAUCAGGAAUACCCAGUGUGGUGGGAAUGACACCAGAAGAGUGGUGCCCGCUCGCCCCAGCCCCAUCCCUCAGGGGUGAACCGGCCAUGCUGCACUACAAUGUGGGCAGGCAAGACUCCCCCAGGCCACCAGCAAAUGCCCCACUCUCGGGGCCAUUGCGCCCGCCGCGGUUGGGCUGUGCUGCAUUUGUACAUACACGCACAUUUAGUUUGCAGUUAAUCCCUGCAGCGCUGACACAAUAGCUUCCUCCCUCCGUUUAGUUUGCCCCGGAGACCCCUGAGUGCCCCUUGCUCCUCCGGGGUACUGGGUUCGAGAUCCAGCCACUUAAUUUCCCCACCGAUUGUUUUGUUUUGAUAUUUUAGAGACAGGAAGGUCUCCGCAGGCUGGCCUCCAACUCGUGGCAAUUCUCCUGCCUCCGUUUCUUAGUUGUUCUGACGACAGGCGUGCACCACCACUCCUGACUUCCUGCCCAAACCUCAUAUCCUACUUGUUAAUAGCUGUCUUCUCCCUCUGCCAUCUAUCCAGCGCUAAGUAUUCCAGAGCGCUCAGCUUGGGACUGUCGCCCAUGGCAGGGCCCAGGUGAGAGGACUGGCAGCGAGUCCCCAGAUCUUGUAGCCAUGAUACCAAACAGUCAUUUCCCGAUCAGUGCCUCACACAUCUAUCCAAUGGUGCAGUUUUGGGGUCCUCCCCCGCCCCCUCAGUCCCCACCCCUGAUCCCCUCAGAUGUGGGACAGGAAACAGCAGGUGCACUGGGCGGGAGGAAGGCAUGCACCCCCAAGCCACCACCCCUCCCCCAGCACCCAGCCUCACUACCCCAACUUGGGGUACCCAGCUGGAUACUCCCAAAAUGUCACACCCCAUCCAACCUCAGAUCUUAUGCAGUCAUCUUUCCCCCUCUCCCCCCGCCCCCCGCAACCAAAGCCCACUCGGGUCUGAGGGUCCCAGCAUAGACCCUGAGUGCCCUGCAGUGCCUGACAAGCAUGGGUUUGAGGGACUAGACAGGGCGCAGUGCAGGUGCUCAUGGGUUUCAGGGAGUGGAAGGGGAUCUUUUUUUCUCCGUUGCUCUUCUCCCUAGGUGUUCCUUGUUUUCUGGGUGUUUUCCUGCAGAGAUCUUUUGGGUUUAUUUUGAGAUUUUUUUUCCUCCCAUUCAGCCACUUUGUAUUUUACUCCUGGGUCCAUGCACCUCUGGUCUUCAGCUUUUCCUAACUGCGCUUGCGUGGUCUGCGGCAACCUCUGCCCCCUGCUCCCAGAGCGAAUGGGGUCUGCAUGGGGAGCAGAGGCACCCCAGGCCCUUCCUGCUCCACAGCCCCCACCCACAGCAUACUCCACUCAUAACCAUAUAUUACAAACUCAUUUUGGUUUCUGGCUUUUUGUUUUGUUUUGUGGACCCGCCUGAGCACCGUUGACUGCCUGCUGUUCUGUUUCUCCCUAUGCAAACAAACGAAAACAAACAGUGAGGGGGUCCAUAAAAGAUUCAAUAAAAGGCAAAAAAAAUAAAUAAAUAAAUGAAAGAAAAAUGUAUAAAAAUUAAA